CAAGUGUCCUCCAUAACCAAUACUCGUUUAUCUCAUAUAAAUGAUAGGAUUCAUUCAUUAUUGGAAUAAUGCAGAGCGAAUAAGAUAACUCAUUCAUUGGAAAGGAGAAGUUAGUUAAAAGAUCGAGAAUGAAGCUCUUGUUCUGUGCGUUUGUUUGUGGUUUAUUAACAGAUGGCUCUUAUGUUCGGUCAUGGGACUUGCCAAAUCCCAUAGCAGCAGCAGGUAAGGCAGUGGAUGAAAUCGGAAGUGGUGUCGAAGAAGUGGGUGAAGAAGUUGUGAAAGCUGCUAAUGAAACAGUUUAUGAAGCAGAUAAACACGUUGAAGGCGGUGCAAAAACAGUAUUAGGCCAAGUUCACAAGGGCGCUUUUGCCGUAGAAAAGGGUGUCGUAAAUGGUUUGAAGGAGGUUGUUGGUACACCUGUCAACUUGGAACAAUUGACGUUUCAUCUUGUUACUAAAGAAAACUUGGAUAACCCGAAAAAAAUUAACUUUUAUGAGCCUGACGAUGUAGCCAAUACAAAGGGUAAAAUUUUCUUCAUUAUUCAUGGAUGGCAUUCGAGCAUCAAUGCUUCAUGGAUUCGCAAUAUAUCAGAAAUUCUGAUUAGAACGCGUCCUGGUGCUCAUGUGGUGCAAGUCAAUUGGGACGGACCAGCAAGUGACACCUACCCCUUUUCUGCUUUCGAUACUGAGAGUGCAGGAAACUUCGUUGGGAUUCUUGUCAAUCGUUUGGUAAAGGAUUACAAAAUUCCCAGGGAGAAUAUUGUACUCGUCGGCCAUUCUCUGGGAGGUCAAAUCUGUGGCUGGGCUGGCAAGAAAUUUGGAGAAAUAUCAGGACAGAAACUGAAAAGAAUCGUCGCCCUCGAUCCUGCAGGUCCACUUUUCGAUCUUCGACCAGAUUCGAAAAGACUGAACAAGCACGAUGCAGAAGUUGUUAUGGUGAUACAUACUGAUGGUGAUAAAUUGGGUUUUCUGUCUCCAUGUGGAACUAUCGACUUUUUUCCCAACGGUGGGGAAAAUCAGCCUGGAUGUUGGGAUGUGAAUCUGAAAAAUGUUUCAACUUAUACUGAACCUGUUACCUGUGACCAUAGCCGAGCUUGGGAUUUCUUUGUUGAAGCUGUGAACAAUACAGGUUCGUUUCCUUCAAAAAAAUGCAAUAGCUACAGUGAUUUCAAGAAGAAUAAAUGCGAAGCUAUUGAGGCUGCAAUGGGAGAUCUGGAUGUGAAACAUGAAGGAAAGUUUUAUUUGAAAACCGACGACAAACGUCCUUACUCUUUGCCGCUACCAGAAGUUAUAGAAGCAAUCAAAGAGGGAAUAGAGAAAAUAAAAGAAGAAAUCGAUAAAAUGAGCCAUAAAAAUACCACCAAGUCAUCUUCGUCUGAAUGAAACUAUCGAAUAAGAAUGAUGAGAUGGUCACUUAUAGUGCUAAAAAUAAAAAAAGCAACAAUAAAUUCAAUAAACCUUUUAUUUCAAA